GUCCCCACUGGUUACAAUUUCCAAAUUGUUGUUAAUUUUUGUUGUUUACGAUGCCACAGGCGGAGUUGUCUUAUCCCGACUUGAAGACCUUGUGCCGCCUGUGUCUAAAGGAGCAUCUAGAUGCCUACACCAUCUUCAGCGAUGAUGCCACGGAGCUCUCCAUCCCGAUGCGACUGAUGGCCUGUGUCUCACUGGAUCCAAAGCCAUCAGAUCCAUUUCCCAAAAAGAUAUGCGACGAGUGCCGCUACCAACUGGAGAAGUCCUUCCUGUUUCGCCAACGCAGCCAGGCGGUAGAGAAGAAACUGCGAAAACACAUUCGCCUGCUUGGCAUGGGCAAGAAAAGCCGCGUCUUUUCAAAGGAGCCGGAUGACUACGACGAGGAUGAGCUGGAGUUUGAGGAGUCGCUGGCAUUCAUAGCCCAUCAAGACCAGAAACGCGAGGCACUGGCAGAGAAAUGGCGUGAAAAGUUUAAGGAGGAACAGGAGGUGGAGUUCGCCAAGCGUUUGCAGUCAUCGCGCUUGGUGCUGCGCCAAGAAGUGGCUGCUGAUGUGCGAAAGGAGUUGGCGGACGAAGUGCGAAAGGAUGUGCGUGAGGAGCUUCGCAACGAGGUGAACGAAGAGAUUCGCAAGGAGCAACUGGCCAAACUCGUGGGCGAACUAGAAGUCUUUCUAGUUGAAAAGAAAGCCGGCUCGUGGGAGCCGAUGGAACCAGAAACAAAGCUCGUAGACCAAGAGACCGUUCCAGAUUCGCCUCCAGCCGCACUUCCCAAUCAUCCAAUUAAACGCUGUCUCAGUUCUGCCUCAAAGCACCCGCCAGCACAAUGCCUGAAAGCUGAAGAGGUCGAGUUCGUGCUUGGCGGCGAUCCAGAGACUUCAGCCGCCGAUGAGGUUGAGAUGGACCCCAUCGACAUAGAUGAAGACGCCCCAAUAGAUGCCACCACUCACGAGUUUACUGACAUUAAGAUGGUCGAUGUCGAUGCUGGAGAUGUGGUGAGGACUGAGGAUGGAGAAAUUUACAUUAUCAAUUCGACCACUGCAGUGGAGCCCAAGCACGACAGCCCCCCGCCAGAGUUUCAACAGGACAGUGACAUCACGUCUUACAACAUUAAGGACGACGGAGAGAUUCAGUUCAGCGGAGAGAAAUCGGAGGAAAUGGGCGAUGUUGUUGUAUUUAACUUAGACGGCGACAUAUCUGAGGAGCAGCAGGUCUACAAUUUUGAGCAGAACGUAAUCAUUGUGCCCAAAGAGAAAUCACUCAAACGUGACACCCGCCAGCCAAGCAAAAGGAAGCGAUCGAGCGAGUUCGUGUCGAAGCAGUCGCCUCGUGAGCCCCAGCCAAAGGCCUGUCGAGUUACCGAUACGGUGAAGACGUUUCAAUGCCAAAUGUGUCCGACGGCCUUCCCCACAGAGAAACUGCUGACGCGCCACCACAAUGGCCACAUAAAGAACCUGAAGAACGGCAAGGGCGGCACGUUGCAGUGCCCCAUUUGUGAGCUGCAACUGUCCUGCGCCAGUUCCCUCAAGCGCCAUAUGAUUAUCCACACCGGUCUCAAGCCCUACAAAUGUGAGGAGUGUGAUGUGUCCUUUUCGCAGCGAGAAGUCCUCAAGCGCCACAUGGACAUCCACACUGGGACAAAGCGUCACAAGUGUUCGCAGUGCCAGAGUUGCUUUGCCCAAAAGUCCAACCUGCAGCAACACAUUGCGCGGGUGCAUAUGGGAAACUCACGAACGCACAAGUGCCAUCUGUGCGAGAGAAGCUUCAAUCAUGUGUCGGGCCUCAGUCGCCAUCUCGUUGCCCAUAAUGGCGUAAUGUUCUCCUGCACAGAGUGUGGGCGACAGUUCAAUGAUCGCAGCGCCGUUCAGCGACAUCUCCAGACUGUCCACAAGAUCAAAAACAAAAGAGUGGACUAUACUUCCGAACAAGAGCCAGAGUUUGAGUUCCAAGCGAUUUAGUUUUAAUUAGCUGCAAUAUACAAGAAUUUCAAACUAGUACUUAGUGUCCGCUGAGCCAGAGGAGAAACAGCAAUGACAAUUUUUAAUUAAUUUAAUUCGAAUAAGUUACAAUUUUAUUCUGAAACUAG